AUGGCAGAAGAAGAGAAUCAACAGUCUAAUGGGCGUCGGCGUCUUGGUAUUAUCAUCGCGAUUACGACUAUUAUUCUUGCAGCGAUCAUCGUUCCAAUCACUGUCGUUGCGGUCAACCAGAGGCAAAUUCUUCAAUCGACUCCAAGCAGCAGCGUCUCUCCUGAUCCUUCGGGCUCUGUUAAUUGUGGCGCAUCGGUCUGCCCAACCAACAUUAAUCACAGGAUUGAUUGCUAUCCAGAACCUGGUGUUACUCAAAAUUUAUGCACUCAACGUGGAUGUUGUUGGCAGCCAUCCAGCCAAAUUCAAGGGGCGCCAUCCUGUUUCUUUCCAGUAGGAAAUCAUGGCUAUUCUGCAGUCAAACAAGUGGAAUCGACGACAUCCGGCUAUUCAGCAACACUAUCACGUUGUAACACUGCACAAUAUCUACGCCAAGGAUUGCUUCGCCUUGCAAUCAAUGUGGCAAUCCCUUCCAAAAAUAGGCUAAGAAUUAAGAUAUUUGACCCAGCUGUUCAACGUUUUGAGGUUCCAUUGAAACUACCUUCCAUGAGCGGUAGUAGAGUAGACAAUGCUGACUUCAAUGUUGCAUUUAAUUCAACUCCUUUCGCUAUAUCAGUAACAAGAAAGUCCACUGGUGCCGCCAUUUUUGAUACUUCUCUUGGUGGCUUUGUCUUUGAAGAUCAAUUCUUGCAAAUAUCGUCAAAAUUACCCUCCCGUUACGUGUAUGGUCUAGGUGAACAUGAACAUCGUAGUUUUAAACAUGAAAAUUUUAAUUGGAAAAGAUGGCCGAUGUUCUCUAGAGAUCAACCUCCAGGAGAAGAUCACAAUUUAUACGGUGUUCAUCCCUUCUAUCUUGUCAUGGAAGGCGAUAAUACGGCCAACAGCUAUGGAGUUCUUUUCUUAAAUAGUAACGCUAUGGAAGCUACACUUUCUCCCAAUCCGGCCAUAACGUUCACAACAACUGGAGGAAUUUUAGACUUCUAUAUCUUUACCGGUGAUAAUCCCGAAGCUGUUGUUGAAAACUACUUGAGUUUCAUUGGUAAGCCUUUUAUUCCUCCAUAUUGGGCGCUUGGAUUCCAACUUAGUCGAUAUGGCUACAACUCUUUAUCACGCGUUCAGCAAAUUAUGUCUGACAUGAAAAAAUACGACAUUCCUAUGGAUAUCCUAUACGGCGAUAUCGAUUAUAUGCGACAUAGGCUCGAUUUUACUAUUGAUCCUAUCAAUUAUAAUGGACUAUCAGAAUAUGUUGAUGAAUUACAUAGCCAGGGAUUACACUAUAUCACGAUUCUGGAUCCAGCUAUCAGUGAUAAUCAAACACAGGGAACUUAUCCGGCGUAUGAUGAUGGUAUUGCAAAGGGUAUUUUUAUUAAUGAUUCAAGAACUCCAAAUGCACCACUAAUUGGCAAGGUUUGGCCUAGAGGAAAUGCAACAUUCCCUGACUAUUUCAAUCCUCGUGCAGAAAAAUGGUGGACUGAUUUGAUAGUCAACUUUCAUAAUGAACUUGCAUUCGAUGGGAUUUGGAUAGAUAUGAAUGAACCAGCCAACUUUGUGCUUGGAUCUGUUAAUGGCUGUCCAAACAAUACUUGGAAUCAUGCACCAUAUAAACCAGUUUCCAUUAGAGGAAAUGUUUUAUAUGAUAAAACAAUCUGUAUGGACGCUUUGCAGUAUAUUUCCAAGCAUUACGAUAUGCAUAGUCUCUUUGGACAUAGCCAGUUACUACCAACGAUUAAAGCAACUAGAGCAGCGAAUCCUGGUAAACGAAGUUUUGUAAUUACUCGUUCUACAUACCCUGGAGAUGGUCAGUAUGGUGGUCAUUGGUUAGGAGAUAAUUAUUCUGGCUGGCCGCCUCUUCAUUUCUCUAUAAUCGGCUCCUUGGAAUUUAACAUCUUUGGCAUACCAUACAUUGGUGCUGAUAUCUGCGGAUAUUUUGACGAUACCCAGUUUGAAUUAUGCUUACGUUGGAUGCAACUAGGUGCAUUCUAUACCUUUUCUAGAAAUCAUAAUGGCUAUGGUUAUAUAAGACAAGACCCUGCAGGUUUCGAUACAACUUUUGCGCUAAUAUCCCGUGAUGUCCUGACGAUCCGUUAUAGACUUUUACCAUAUUUAUAUACCCUUUUCUAUCAAUCAAGAAAUACUGGUGCAACAGUUAUGAGACCACUAAUGUUUGAAUUUCCUUUGGAUAAAACAUGUCGUACCGCAGAUCGUCAAUUUCUUUGGGGCCCAGCGUUUUUGAUAUCUCCGGUAUUGCUUCAAGGAGUUAUAGACUGGACCUUCUAUUUACCUAGUGGACGGUGGUAUGAUUACUACACUGUAUUAACACCCACGAUGCGAAACGUUACUGUUCCAGUUACAUUGUAUAGCGUACCUUUACAUAUUCGGGGUGGAUUUAUACUGCCUGUGCAAAAGCCGGCAAACACUACCGUUUAUAGUCGAAUGAAUCCAUUUGGUCUAAUCGCGGCCCUGAAUACUACUAAUGAAGCGAAAGGCAGUCUGUUUUGGGAUGAUGGCGAUUCAUUGAAUACAUUCGAAAAUGGUGAUUAUGUGCUGAUUGAAUUUACAGCAACAUCUAAUUCACUAGAAUCAACUGUAAAAACCAAUGCGUAUGCAAUAGAAAGCAAUCUGGAUUAUAUUACUGUUCUUGGUCUACCAAAUGCUCCGUCAGCUGUUUCCGUGAAUGGUGUCUCGACAGUCAAUUUCAGUUUUAAUCCUACCCAUAAGGUAAACCAGGUCCCUAAUUUUUACAGCUUUAAGAUUAAAUUUUUGUCUCAACUAUUCCGAAUUCGACUAGGAUUUCGUGAUAAUGAUCAAAAUAUUCGACAACUACUUUUAUCAAACGUUAAUAAAAAAUUUAUUUUAGAAAUACGGAAAUAUAGCAAUGAUACAUCCAGUAUAAUUAUUAUUCCUUCAUUUCAGGUGCUGAAUGUUACUAGUUUAGACAGGGACUUGAAUCAACCUUUCCGAAUAAAUUGGAACUGA